GAAUGGAACGAGUUCCAACUUUAAAGCAAGACCUUGAAAAUAUAGUAAGUAAAAACCCUGGUCAUAUUAUUGCGACAACCGCAUGUUUAGGUGGAGAGUUAUCAAAAAAUGUUCUUGCAAUGGAAAAUGCAAGAAAGAUUGGUGAUAAUAAAACUGCGGAAGAGUGCAAGAAUAAGAUUAUCAAUUUUGUACUUUGGUGUAAAAAUAUCUUCGGUGAAGAUUUUUAUUUUGAAGUAGCUCCCGCAGCAAAUCGUGACCAGAUUAUUGUAAAUAAAAAGAUUGCCGAAUUAUCAAAAGUAUUCAAUGUAAAAAUGGUAAUUGGUUGUGAUGCACAUUACCUUAUAAAAGAAGAUAGAUAUGUCCAUAAGUCAUAUCUUAACUCAAAGGGUGGCGAGCGUGAAAUUGACGCAUUCUAUGAGUAUUCAUAUCUUCAGACAGAAGCAGAAAUAAUUGAGAAUUUAACUCCAUCAAUUGUAGAUUUGUAUGAAGAAAUGUGUGAAAAUAAUAGAGCGUUAGAUAUUGGAUUGGGCGGGAUUGCGAUAACUGACCACGAGUGCCUUAGUUGCCACGUAGAGGUCAAUAAGUAUGCACAAGAGUUAGCUAAAGAGCAUCCAGAUUUUAAAGUUGCUCUUGGUAAUGAAAUUUAUCUAAUAGACGAUAGAGAAAAUUGUGAUGAAUUUUAUCAUUUUAUUUUAAUAGCAAAAGAUAAAGAAGGUCAUAGACAAUUAAGAGAAUUGUCUUCUUUAGCUUGGAUGAAUUCAUAUUUUUUUAAAGGAAUGGAACGAGUUCCAACUUUAAAGCAAGACCUUGAAAAUAUA